AUGACAGCCUCAAGCAAGAUUCCAGCCCCCGGUAGAGCCUCCCCGGAUCGCAGCCAGCCAUCGACUCCUGCGAAAGCUUCUACUCCCCAACCUCUCCGCGCCAAUCCGCCUAGCCCGCAGACGCUGUCCUCGCGAAUCCCCGCGCCGACCUUCUCGACUCCUAAGUCCAUCGCUGCCAAGAAGCCGGAGCUUCAGUUGCCCCCUCCGACACAGUCGCCCGAGGGCACCAAGGGCACCUUCUUGCUCGACGAUGCGCCUGUCAUCUCUCCCUCGGCCGAUCGAAAUACCCCCUCGAGUCCAAAGGCAGCUGCCUCACCUCAGUCCAGCUUUGGAGCAUCACCCGAGGAGCUCAAGUUGAAGCUCUGGAACGCAGCUUUCGCCAGACUGAACGCCACCAACCCCGGUAUUGUCAAGGCAUAUGAGAAGAUUCUAUCGUCUGAGCUUCGGGGUGACGGUGCGGGUAUCAAACUGGUCCUCGGAGGAAGCCGAGAGGAAAAUCAAACGCAAAUAGAGUCGAUUAUCAAGUCUGUCUCAGCCCGCCUUGAGAGUAGGAAGGGAGCUUUCGGAGAGCUGUUUUCCAACAUCAAGCAGACUGCCUCCAAGCCUUCCAUCGCAUGGGCCACGAAUUAUUUGGCAUUGGAGGCAAUCUCCAAUCCCGCUUCCGGGGUGCCCAAGACCCGUGCUGGCGCGACAUACAUCAUCUCGAGGGCCAACUGGUACCAGAAUCUCGUCAAGCUCCUCCUAGAGAGGAACCAGGCCCACUACGUCUCGGUAGACUCGCUCGAGCGCAUCGAGAAGCGCAUCUCCCAGCUGUAUACUGACGUCCUCGAGUUCCAGCUCAAGACCAUCUGUUCAUCUCACGAGGGCGGGCUGGACCUCCCGGCCCUGACAGCUGCGGCACUCGAGACCUGGGACUGCGACCUCGAGACGGUCAAGAUUGGUGAAACCAGGGUCCAGGUGGAUGUCGACCAACACGGAACAGAGGAGAUGCAGUCCUCUCUUACCCGCUACUGGCAUACCGCGACCGUCCUGGAAAAGAAUAUCCGGGAAGAGACACUGGCCCUGGAGAAACCUGCCCAGGAGAAGGAGCUUGUUGGUGAAAGGCUAACUGCAGGCGCGGAGCUGGCCGACCACAAAGAUCUUGCCGACGAGAAUGUCCCUUUCAAUGACAAAGCGCCUGCCAAUGAGCAGGCGGUGACUGACGACAAGACACUGGUCGAAGAGAAGCAAACUGCUGAUCAGAGCCUCGCACAUGCCGCCCGGGCCGCUGAGGAGACAAGAGUCGCCGAGGAAGAAAAUCGUCGUGCCGAAGAACUGCGCGUCGCAGAAGAGAAGCGCAUCGCAGAAGAGGCACGAGUUGCCGAAGAGCGUAGGCUCGCCGAGGAAGAGCGACUCACCGAAGAGAAGCGUGUUGCCGAAGAAACGAGACUUGCUCAAGAGAUGAAGCUCGCUGAAGAAGAGAAACUUGCCGAAGAGCAAAGAAGUAUUGAAGCACAGCAACUCGCUGAGAAGCGUGCUGCCGAAGAGAGGCGUCUCGACGAGGAGCGACUGGCUGAGGAAAGCCGCCGCGCUGAACAACAGAGACUCGCGGAAGAAAAGCGUCUUAUUGAAGAACAGAGGAUCGCUGAAGAGAAACGCCUUGUAGAGGAGAAGCGUCUAGCCGAAGAACGGCAGAUCGCCGAGGAGAAACGACUACUCGAGAAGAGGUUAGCUGAAGAAAAACGCCUCGCGGAAGAAAAGCAGCUAGCUGAGACGAAGAGACUCGCCGAACAAUCGAGGCUUGCCGAGGAGAAGCGCAUUGCGGAGGAAAGACGUAUGGCAGGCGAAGAACGUCUUGCCGAAGAGCGGCGACUUGCUGAAGAGCAGCGCAUAGCCGAAGAAGAACGCAUCGCUGAAGAGAAACGAGUUGCCGAAGAGCAGAGAGUGGCUGAAGAGCAGAUAGUGGCUGAAGAGAAGAGACUUGCUGAGGAGAAGCGCAUCGCCGAAGAACAGCGCAUCGCAGAUGAAAAACGUCUCGCUGAAGAAAUGCGUGUCGCUGAGGAGAAUCGACUCGUCGAAGAGAAACGUAUCGCUGAAGAGCAACGCCUUGCUGAAGAGAAGCGAAAAGCUCAAGAGCAACAACGGCUUGCUGAAGAGAAACGCAUUGCUGAAGAGAAGCGUAUCGCGGAAGAAAAACGUGUUGCUGAGGAGAAGCGUGUUGCUGAGGAGCAACGUAUCGCCGAGGAGAAACUAGCUGAAGAAAAGCGAUUAGCAGAAGAACAACGUGUCGCGGAGGAACAGCGUGCUGCAGAAGAGAAAAGGGUGGCUGAGGAGAAGCUUGCCCAGGAGAAGAAGCUGGCAGAGGAAAAGGCCGCCGAAGAACAGAAACUUACUGCAGAGAAGCGCGCUGCUGAAGACAAGCUUGCCCAAGAGAAGAAGCUUGCUCAGGAAAAGAAGUUGGCGGAUGAGAAACGAGCGCAAGAGAAGAAGAGAAUUGCUGACGAGAAGAGGGCUCGGGACAGGAAGGUUGCUGAGGAAAAGCGGGCAAAGGAGAGAAAACUCGCAGAGGAGAGACGGGCCAAGGAAAAGAGGCUCGCAGAGGAACGGAAAGCCAAAGAGCAGCUUGCACAGCAGUCAACCGCCCAACCACCACAACAACCUGCCCAACCUCAGCAUGUUAUUCAAGCAAAGCCACAGCCUAUUCCAGUCAACCCACAGCCCAUCCAAACGAGACCGCAACCCGUUCAGGUGAAGCCGCAACCCGCCCAAGUCAAACCACAACCCGUUCAAGCAAAGCCUCAACUUGUUCAAGUCAAGCCUCAACCCGCUCAAGUCAACGCCCAGCCCGUCCCGGCAAAGCCCCAGCCCGCUCAGGCAAACCAGCCAGUCGAAGCCAAGCCAUCAACAGACGCUGUGAAACUUCUUCGAGGCCACACGGGCCCAGUAAACGCGAUCGCAAACGCCCCCGACUUCAAAACCUUUGCCACCGGCUCGGCCGAUGCCACAAUCAAAAUCUGGGAUCCAGCGACCGGCGAGUGUCUGCAGACCCUAGUGGGACACAAAGGGAGCGUGCUCACGGUGGCGUACUCCGUCGAUGGGAAACGCCUCGCCUCCGGAUCCGAGGACAAGUCCGUCAAAAUAUGGGAGUUGGCCACCGGCAAGUGUCUCCUGACCCUCACAGAGCACACCGAGAGGGUCAGCUCGGUAACGUGGCUCGUCGAUGACAUGGUCGCCUCGGCCUCCUCCGACACCACGAUCCGCGUCUGGGAGAUAGCCACGGGCACGUGCUGGCAAUCGAUCGAGGGCGGGAAGGAGGUCAUCCUGGCGCCCGUCCUGACGAGCGGGAAAAGGUUCGCCACAGGGUCCAAGGACUCCAAGCUCAAGAUCUGGGACCUAGAUCAGGGAGUCUGCCUUCGGACCCUGCGAGGUCACGGCGGUGAGGUCACGGCGGUGGCGGCGAGUGGCCGACUGUUGGCGUCUUGCUCGCUUGAUGGGACUACUCGUACUUGGAGUCUCGCUCAGGACCCCUCGCUGCGCACUUUCAAGGAGGGCUCGGGGUCUCCUCGAUGUGCUUCUAUUUCGCGCGACUUGAAGAAGUUAGCAACUGGCUCUGAAUCAGAUUCUAUCAGUAUUUGGAAUGUGGCCACUGGAGCUCGGUCGAAGGCCCUGAGCGGUCAGGGUGCAGGGGGGACUCUUGCUCUGGCUUUCCUAGGAGAUAGUAACCAGCUUGUUGCAGCAGGUGGGGAUGGUUCUCUCAGAGUAUGGAACGUGGACAAGUCUUAA